AUGGCCGCUGAACAGAGAAAGCUGCUCGAGCAGCUCAUGGGCGCAUCGUCAACAUCUCGCGCUGCUCAGCUGUCUCUCACAGACCCCAAAGUCUGUCGCUCCUACCUCGCAGGUACAUGUCCACACGACUUGUUCACGAACACGAAGCAGGACAUUGGUCCUUGUCCAAAGGUGCACAAUGAGGGAUUAAAAACCGAAUAUGAAGCUCUGUCAGACAGAGAGAAGCAGAAAUACGGAUUUGAGUACGAUUAUAUGCGUGAUCUGCAAAAGUACAUCGAUGAUUGUAACCGAAGAAUCGAUGCUGCGCAGAGGCGAUUGGAGAAGACACCUGAUGAGAUUCGACAGACCAACGUUCUACUCAAAAGCAUAUCCGAACUCACAGAGUCCAUAAACAACGGCCUCCUCGAAGUCGAAGUCCUCGGUUCCAUGGGCGAAGUCUCCCGUGCCCAAGACGAGCUUUUCCGCGUCCGCCAAGCCUCCCAAUCCAAAGCCGAUCGCGAAAAGGAGCUCAAGGCUCUUUCCGACACAUCAGGUCCUUCAGGUCAUCAGAAGCUUCAGGUCUGCGACGUCUGCGGUGCCUACCUGAGUAGACUUGACAACGAUCGUCGACUGGCCGAUCACUUUUACGGCAAAAUGCAUUUGGGAUAUGCGCAGAUGCGAAAGACAUACGAUGCAUUUCCCAAGGAGAUGAAGGGCCGCUCGAGGGCGCCAAUAGACGACGAUGGUCCUGGCAUGGGCGGGCCCAGAGGACCGCGCGGUUCAGGAGGCUACAGGAGUGGUCGCGGUGGAAGGGGAUACCGUGGAGGUUGGUAG